UGUCAGCUGAUCUUGGCCCCGCCUUCCGUGCUUCUGGAAGGCGUGAGCGAAGAAGGCCGAGAAGCCGUAGAACGUAUUUUUGGCGUCGUGAGAUUCUGAGAAGUCAUGGGCCAUUUCCAGGAUCUGCUGUUCCUCUUCCUCCUCGGAUCCUCUUCCUUGACCAUGGCACAGCAUUUGUAUUGUCACAAGGGUGUCUUCAUGACUGUAGAAGACGACCCAAGAAAUACAUUUAACUGGACUACAGAAAAAGUUGAGACUUGUGACAACAAAAGGUCAUUUUGCCAGGAAACUAUGCUAAUGAUUACAGCAGGAGACAAGACUGCCAUUUUGGCCACAAAGGGCUGCGUCUCUGCAGGGGCAGAAGCCGUGACAUUUAUCCAGCACUCUCCACCCCCUGGCCUGGUGGCAGUCUCCUACACUAACUACUGUGAGGAUUCCCUUUGCAACAACAGAGAGAAUGUAUCUUCAUUUUGGAGACAAGAAGAGACCUCAGCUCCCAGUGUGCCAGCCCUCCACUGCCCGACGUGUGUGGCUCUGGGAACCUGUCUCAGUGCUCCCUCUCUGCCGUGCCCCAGUGGUACAACUCGAUGCUAUCAAGGAAAACUUACUGUCUCUGGAGGAGGCAUCAACUCAACUUUGGAGGUGAAGGGCUGUACAGCCACAGCUGGUUGUAGGCUGCUGGCCCGGAUCUUAAGAGUAGGGCCCAUGUUGAUAAAGGAAGAGUGUCCACAGCGGCUGCUACUUCAAGCCCGGCAGGCUGCGAGUAGGGCCACCUGCCCCAUUUCAGACUGGAGGUUGGAGCUGCGGUUGCCUUUGCUACUGCAGUCAUUUUUCCUUUUUGCCUGAGAAGAUGCUUCUGCUCCUGGGUCCCAAGAAACCUUUUUUGACUGGGAGCCUUCUGGCUGCUGGUAACCAAUAAGUGGAAAAGAAUAUGCGAUUUGAAGGUGAACAGAAAGAGAGCCGUCAUGGAUAUAGUUGAUGUGUCUAAUAAAGUUUCAGAUUUGUGUAUGUUUCAAGACU